UUUAGAUUCUCACAACGUAGCGCUGAAAGGAGAGUGAGAGGGGAGGGAGAGAGAGAGAGAGAGAGGCUAGAAGAAGCAGGUGAGGGAGCCGAGGGGGUUUCUCUACCUCACAGACAGGUUCCUUCAAGUCUUCAGUAGAGGCAGCGGCAGCAACAGUGGAAGUUGUGGUGUUGUUUCUGUUAACAGCAGCCCGGAGUACCUGUUUGUUUGUGUGCGUGUGUGUGAUUGAUGCAGAGUGAGCGUUAAAGCCGGAGGGAGUGUAGCGAUCUGUUGCUCCGGGAGCAUCGGUCGUCUGUUCUCUGUCUCUGGGAGUGCUUUAGCAGCAUGGAGACCAAGUCCCUCUUCAGCCUUCACAAAGCCUUGGCUCAGCCAGUCAAGAUGUGUAUGUUUGACUUCCCUGUCAACAUACUGGAUGAUCUGAGCUCGACACAGGAGAUCGGAGAGGAGGUGGAGGAGGGGGCAGUCUUCACCAUCACCCUGAGGAAAGUGCAGCUGCACCAGUCGGCCAGUAAAGGGCAGCGAUGGCUGGGGGUGGAGACAGACUCUGCACUCAGCCUGUAUGAGACAUGUAAAGUACGCACCAUUAAGGCUGGUACGCUGGAGAGGCUGGUAGAAUACAUGGUGUCAGCGUUCAGGGGUAAGGACUCCACCUACGUCACCAUCUUCCUCUGCACCUACCGCUCCUUCGCCACCACCCAGCAGGUGCUGGGCCUCCUACUCAACAGGUAUGCCAAGUUUCAGAACCAGCCUGGUAUAGACUUACACAGACACACUCAGGAGGACCACACAGAGAUCAGACACAAUGUGUCGUCCAUCCUGGGGGCGUGGCUGGACCAGUACUCAGAGGACUUCUGGAGUCCUCCACAGUAUAGCUGUCUACACCACCUGAUGUCCUACCUGCACCAACACUUCCCUGGCUCCGACCUGGAGCGCCGUGCACUCAACCUGCUGGCCCUCUUCCACCGCAGGCAUCGGUGUGAGCCGGACCUUAACGUGGAGCAGGUUGGCUGUCCGUUCGCCACGCAGGAAGAGAGUGUCUUUGAGGACGAGCUUCCUGCCCUGAACUUACUGUCCUUUGACCCCAUCAUGGUUGCUGAGCAGUUCACACUCAUGGAUGCGGAUCUGUUCAAGAAGGUGGUCCCCUACCACUGCCUGGGGGGAAUCUGGUCCCAGCGGGAUAAGAAGGGGAAGGAGCACCUGGCCCCCACCAUUCGGGCCACUGUGGCCCAGUUCAACAGAGUCACCAACUGUGUCAUCACCACCUGCCUCAGCAACCCCUGUCUGAAGCCCACCCAGCGGGCCAGACUGGUGGAGCGCUGGAUAGAGGUGGCCAGGGAAUGUCGGAUCCUCAAGAACUUCUCAUCUCUGAGAGCUAUCCUCUCUGCUCUGCAGUGUAACUCUCUCCACCGACUCAAGAGGACCUGGGAUGAGGUGUCCAGAGAGAAUUUCCGCACCUUCCGUGAGCUGUCAGAAAUCUUCUCGGAUGACAACAACUACUCUCUAAGCCGAGAGCUGCUGGUCAAGGAGGGCACCUCCAAAUUUGCCACCCUGGAGAUGAACCCUAAACGAGCACAGAGGAGACACCAGCAGCAGAGAGACUUGGGGGUGAUGCAGGGGACCAUUCCUUACCUGGGCACCUUCCUCACUGACCUGGUCAUGAUGGACACGGCUAUGAAAGACUUCACCGAGAGUGGACUUAUCAACUUUGAGAAGCGACGAAAGGAGUUUGAGGUGAUAGCUCAGAUUAAGCUUCUGCAGUUGGCGUCCAACAACUACAGUUUCACCCAGGAUAGCCUCUUCAGGGAUUGGUUCUCAGAAGUGGAGAGACUCAGUGAGACAGAGAGCUACACUCUGUCCUGUGAGAUUGAACCGCUGUCUGAGUCUGCCAGCAACACUCUCAGAGCCAAGAAGAACGGGGGCAUCAUGAAACGCUGGAGCGAUCGCCAGUUAACUGAGGCCAGCUGCAGCAGUGCAGGAAGCUCCCACUCCAAGUCGUUUGACCAGUCCCACUUCAGACUGUACCAGGGAGGGGGAGUUGAUAGUGGGGACACACUCAGCGUCACCUCAGCCGGCUCCAGCGGCUCUGACCUGGAGGAUGUAAACUCCAGCUUCCUGUCGGACUCACCGGACGCCCAAGAGAGAAAGAGCUCUACAUCCUCAGUAAAACAUUCAGCCUCUGCUUUGGGGAAAGAGUGGCAGACUCCUGAUCCCAACUUCACGUUUUGGGAGUCCACCUCCCUGUCAUCUCUAGACACCUCAGGGAUGGGUUCCGGUUCAGGCUCCAGCAGUGCUUCGUCCUCCUCGGUGUCCUCCUCCACUCCUCUCCCAGGCGCCUCCCACUCCCACAAGCGCUCAGUCUCAGCCGUAUCCUGCUACUCCACCCUUUCCCUGCCCCGCUACAACCAGCAGGUGGAUGACUGCUGCAUCAUCAGAGUCAGCCUGGAGGUGGACAACGGCAACAUGUACAAGAGCAUCCUGGUGACCAGUCAGGACAAGACGCCAGCAGUCAUCAGGAAAGCCAUGGUGAAACACAACCUGGAGCGAGAGAAAGCUGAGGACUAUGAGCUGAUGCAGAAAAUCUCUGAAGAAAAAGAGCUGCGGAUCCCAGACAAUGCCAACGUUUUCUAUGCCAUGAACUCUACCGCCAACUAUAACUUUGUGCUGAAGAAACGUACCUCAUCCAAGACAGGCCGGGCCAAGAGUGUAGCCAGCUCUACGUUGCCCCGCAUGAAGCAGAAGGGCCUGAAAAUUGCCAAAGGGAUCUUCUGAGGGCGAGUGCCCCAACUCUCUGUCAGUCUUCUGGAUUAAGGCCCUCUAAAUCCACCUACACUAAAGUAUCUGAGAACUACACUAGAGAUGGAGCCUAGUGAAAAACAAGAACUGUCUGCAUGUAUCAUAAGCAGGCAGCAAAGCAGGAGAAGCAAUUACCGGUAUCAACACAAUUGUGUCCAGACCAGGACUCUCCAGACAAGCCUGAAGAGACUGAUGUCUUCUUGGCUCAGGCCUUGAUUAUUGGGAGCUUAACAAUGUGCUGUCCCUAACCCUUCGUGCCUGAGUUUGUGUCAAUGGUGUUUACAGAUAUUUGGAAUAUCUGGUCAUGUUAAAUACUCUCUCUGACUCUGUGAUGAUAAGAGGGGUGUUAGUAAAUAUAGUAAAAUAGGAGCACAAGGAACGUACAGAAAACAACUAAAGUGUCCUGAUGUGAUUAGAUAGAGAGGUGCUCCUUUCUAAGUUUGAAGAGUUUACUGCAGAUGCUGCCAUAUUGAAUAUAGGUUCAAGUCUGUGCCCAUUUCAGAGCAAACAAGGUGUGAAUAGUGUACACUCUAUUAAGGGCAGCCAAGAGACACAUCUUGUUAUAUUCAAUUAUAACCACUACAAGGAAGAAGGAUGUAGCAAUGGAGCUCAAUAUGCUCAAAAUAAACAUUAGAAAGAUUACAGAGAGUUAGGUG